CGGCUUUCAAGAUGGCGGCGCCCUUAUGUCAGUGUUACCAGAUGUGUCUAAGAAGAGGUGUGGGGGCAUUUCCGUCCACCUACUUGCUUCUUCCCAACAGAGCCAAUGUUUACAGGAUACAUGGACUCAUCACAAGCUCGGCACAGUUUCCCCAUUCGCCCCUCCUGCAGGUAAGAUAUUUGUCAGGGGAGAGGAGGGGUGGUAGCAGGAAAGGUUUCUUUGGGGAGCUUUUGGACAACAUCAAGCACGAGUUGAACAAGAACAAAGAAAUGAAAGAAAACAUAAAGAAAUUCCGAGAAGAGGCCAAAAAACUUGAAGAAUCAGAUGCGCUGAAACAAGCUCGAAGGAAAUAUAAAAAUAUAGAGUCAGAAACUGUGAAAACCUCAGAAGUUCUCAAGAAGAAGUUUGGAAACAUUUCUGAGACUGUGAAAGAGGGGCUGGAAGAGGUCAGCCGUACAGAUAUUGGGAAGAAAAUUAAAGAGGGAAUGGAAGAAGCCGCCAAAACGGCAAAGAGCUCUGCAGAAACCGUCUCCAAGAGUGGGGAGAUGUUGGGGAAAACUGGUGCAUUCAAAGCAAUAUCUCAGAGCAUGGAGAGUGUGAAGAAAGAGAUUGGUGACCUUGGCCACACGGGUCCUUAUCGGCCUCCAGAAAGACUCCGGAAGAGGAGUGAGUCUUCCUUCAAGGGUGCAGGGGAGGACAGCAAGGUCUUUGAAGCCAAUGAGGAAGCUAUGGGUGUGGUGCUUCACAAAGAUUCAAAGUGGUACCAGCAGUGGAAAGAAUUCAAAGACAACAAUGCAGUCUUUAACAGAUUCUUUGAGAUGAAAAUGAAAUACGAUGAGAGUGACAACGCCUUGAUCCGAGCAUCCCGCGCUGUCACAGAUAAGAUGACUGACGUCAUAGGUGGGCUGUUUUCAAAGACAGAAAUGUCUGAGGUAUUAACAGAGAUUUUGAAGGUGGACCCUUCUUUUGACAAGGAUUCCUUUCUCAAACAGUGUGAACGAGAUAUCAUCCCAAAUAUACUAGAGGCCAUGAUCCGAGGAGAGCUGGAGGUCCUGAAGGACUGGUGUUAUGAAGCGACGUACAGCCAGCUCGCACAUCCUAUUCAGCAAGGCAAGGCCAUGGCGCUUCAGUUCCACUCCAAGAUUCUAGAUAUAGACAACAUUGAUCUGGCCAUGGGCAAGAUGAUGGAGCAGGGUCCGGUGUUGAUUAUAACUUUCCAGGCACAGUUGGUCAUGGUGAUCAGAAACACCAAGGGGGAAGUGGUGGAGGGAGACCCUGACAAAGUGCUCAGAAUGAUGUAUGUUUGGGCUCUCUGUCGAGACCAGGAGGAGCUUAACCCGUAUGCUGCCUGGAGACUACUGGACAUCUCCGCCUCAAGCACUGAGCAGAUCCUCUAAGACUCUUUGACACUCACACACACUCACACACACUCACAGAGGAAGAGAACGCGCCGACCCAGGAGCUGGCUGGAAAGAUUGGACAAAGUGGAAGACGCGUAGACAGCUGCAAGUGCAGCAUUGCUCUUCUUCACUGCACAAACACUGUGGAUUAAUGUUGUUUAAUGCUAUAGGUGCCCCACCGCAUCCUUCUUUCUUACUUCACUUGCUUUGGAUUCGUCUCAUGUUUUUCUUUGAAUACCUGAGUUAUUCAGGGCCAUUCCUCUUGCUCACACUAGAGGGCAGCAGAUCGCCAAUGACAUCCUCCCAAAGUACUUGAAACAGCUCAGGCAAGACAGCCAUUGUUGGCUUAGUUAAAGGAUAAAUUAAUAAAGUAAUUUUACUUAGAUUCAUGUAUUUGAUUGUGACUGUGAGGGAAAUGCAGUGGAAAUCAAGGGAGUGGUAAAAGCUAUUCUGCUCAUCUGGUUGUCAGUUUCCUUAAAGCUUCUGUGUCAUUAGUUCAUCAUGUCGUGUUUCUCUUCCUUUCUGAAGCGUUGUCAGUUUAUUGGCCGGUGGGGUCGGUGCCAGUCAGUUUUUUCCAGUCUUUGUCAACAGGGAUUAUUGUCUUUUUUGUAUGAUGAUAAUUGUCAGAAAGUCUAUAUUUAUUAUCAAUAAUAAAGAUGAAUCAUGUGUUCACAUGAAAAAGAAAAACACCUUUGAAAACAAGUUUUAGUAAACUUUUUCAUCUUCUACCCUGGAAAAGGGUUGAAAUUGUGUUAAGUUUUGGAUGAGCUCAUGCGAUUCCUUCUAGGACAGUUGCUAAUAAUAUUUCUAAAUCCUCUAUUGGGAUUUUAGUGUUGGCUGUGAUAUCCCAUUUGGGAAAUAGGAGUGAUUUUUUUUCUUUUCUUUUUUUAAUGGUUACAUUUUCAGAGCAGAAAUGGAGCACUCAUUUGCUUCGAGUGAAACUGAGUUAUGUACUUAGAUGUAAGUACCCCCCCAUCACACGGCCUUCACGGCCGUCUUUGUCUGCGCUGUGCAAAGGAAUGCAAAGAUCUGACUGUUGAUUAACUUUCUUGGGCCAUAAAACAAUGUUUGAUGUCUAAAUUUC